CGGCGGCAUUCCGCAGUCUGCCGCCGCCAUGAAGUUCCGCCCGUGCAUUGAUAUUCACGCGGGAGUGGUCAAGCAAAUCGUGGGUUCGACGCUAUCUGACGACAAGGAUGCUGCUGGUCCCGUGACGAACUUUGUCUCGAAGUUGCGCUCGGCCGACUAUGCAGCGAUGUACAAGCGCGAUGGAUUGACGGGGGGGCAUAUCAUCAUGCUUGGAGCGAGCGAAGCGAAUGAAAAGGCGGCUGUUGAGGCGUUGGAAGCGUUUCCCAACGGCAUGCAGAUUGGAGGAGGAAUCACGACCGCGAAUUGCCGCUACUAUCUCGACCGCGGGGCUAGCCACGUGAUCGUGACGUCCUAUGUGUUCCGCGACGGAGCCAUUGACAUGGGUCGACUCCACGAACUUCGUGACGCCGCGGGGAAGGACCGAUUGGUACUCGACCUAAGCUGCCGAAAGAAGGACGACGGGUUGUACUACAUCAUGACAGAUCGAUGGCAAGUGUUCUCGCACGUCACACUCUCAGCGUCGCUGCUGUCCGAGCUCGCGGACUAUUGCGACGAAUUUCUCGUGCAUGCGGUCGACGUCGAAGGAAAGCGAUGUGGAAUCCAGGAAGACUUGGUCACGAACCUCGCGCUAUGGUCGCCGAUUCCUGUCACGUACGCCGGUGGUGCGUCAACUCUUGUACGUGGACGAUUCAGUCGAGCUGAAUGUGAUACCUGACGUCGAUGGACGGUUGAUCGUGUGGAAUGGAACGGGUAGGAUGACAUGAGUCUGGUCGAGCGCAUUGGGCAGGGCAAAGUGGAUCUGUCCAUUGGGAGCGCUCUCGAUAUUUUUGGCGGAUCGCUGUCGUACGAUGCCCUCGUUGCGUACACCCAGACGCCGUCGAGCACGACCCACGCGUGAAGGACCACAAGUCAAGGAUGUGAUCGGACAAGCCUAUUGCGAUCCAGCUGAGCAUUGCUAGUACCAACAGUGCUUUGAACCAUGGCUCAUCUUGCUCCUCUGCAACGAAAUAAUGAUCGUCAUACAUUGGUGAAGCAGAUAUCGCGGCACUCAAGCAAUGAGCGCGUUCAGGUGCGCGAUGCUCUGCCAUGCAUC